AUGGCGAGGGACUUCAGACCCAAGGGCGCCAGGUCCGGCGCUGCGGCUGCUGCGGCUGCUGCGUCACCAUCCACCAACGGCACGCCAAAGCCCACUCCCACCAAGCCAGUCACAACCUCGUCCGCUCCGGCCAAGUCGACGCCGAGCAAGCCCACACCUACCAAAAAGAGCAGCAAGAAGAAAGAUGCAUUCGAUUCCGAGGACAGCGCGGACGAAGACACGCUGAUGCGCGAAAUCAAGAGCUUCGGCGGAUCCAGAGAAGACCUCGAGCUCAUCUCCAAGGCCAAUGCAAAGUCCAAGUCGGACGUCAACAUCGACGAGGCCGCCUUCUCCACCGAAGUCGCCGCGUUCCUCAAGCAGCUCCAGUCCGAUCCUACCGCCUCCGAACCCGCCGCUGCAUCAGCAGCUCCCACCAAGAAGCAGAAGCAACCCACGCCAGCCGCUGCUCCAGCUAGCACCACCAAGCCCGACUCUAAAAAGAAAAACGCCCCCGAAGCACCGACAGACAAGUCGCAAGCCCGAAAGGAAAAGGAGGACGGCAAGCAGAAGAGCAAACAGGAGAACAAGCCUCGACAGCAAGCGGCAGUCGCGGCGGAAAGCACCACCGCACAGCGUAUGGGCAAGGGCAAAAAGAUGGUCUUUGACGACGACGGUGUCGGCAAGGAGACCAAGCACAAGCCUUCGCACACUUCGCGCGGACCGCUGCGGCUCGAAGCCGUUCCGCACUGGAUGUCACAGUCGCUGCCCAGACUGCCCGCUUCUGGCAGCAACAACAACGAGCUCGGACACGAUCGCAUCACCCACCUGCUCGAUCUCGGCGCCGAGCUGAUGCGCCAAGAGGCGCGCGCCUACGACGACCUCACCAGCAGCGAGACCUCGCUCAACCGCGCCGGCGGCAGCAUCGGCACGCUCACCGCCUCGGACGCCCAGUUCGUCCGCUCCCUCCUCUCCUCCGAAGGCGGCGGUACGCUCUCGGACCGCAUCUCGGCGCUCACGCUGCUCGUCCAGAGCAGCCCCGUGCACAACGUCAAGCACAUGGACACGCUCCUCGCCAUGACGCGCAAAAAGAGCCGCGAGGAAGCCAGCCGCGCCACACGCGCGCUUGCCGACUGGCUCGCCAGCGAAGGCGGUCUCGGCUCGCGCAAGCUGCGCUACUUUCGCGACCAGCCGCAACUCUCCUCUGCCUCUGUCGCCCUUGCGUCGAGCGAUGUCGCCGCUGCCGAAGCGGCCAAAUCGCAUCUGCUGCUGUGGGCGUUCGAGGACCAUCUGAAGAAGUUCUACUUUCAGUUUCUGCAGGUGCUCGAGGUGCAGUCGCACGACACCAUCGCCUUCACACGCAAGCAGGCCACCACGCAGGUGUACAUCCUGCUGCGCGACAAGCCCGAGCAGGAACAGAACCUGCUGCGUCUGCUCGUCAACAAGCUCGGCGACCCCGAGCGCAGCGUGGCGUCCAAGACCAGCAACCACAUCCUCGAACUUCUCACCGCCCAUCCCGCCAUGAAGUUCAUCGUGGUCCGCGAGAUCGCCAACCUCAUCCUGCGACCCUCUGCUCCGACCACCAACGACGAGGGCAAGGUGGCCAACCACACCACGCACGCACGCUACUACGGCGUGCUGACGCUCAACCAGACCGUGCUCACCGCGCGCGACGACGCCACGGCCAACCACCUCAUCCUGCUCUACUUUGAGCUGUUCGAAGGCAUCCUGCGCCAGUCCGAAGCCAAGGAAGCUGCCGGUACCGCCGAGGAAGACGUCGAAGAACCCAAGAAGAAGGACAAGAAGCGGUGGAAGGACCAGCCGCGCAAGGGACGCGGCCGAAAGAGCAAGCCUGCCAAGAGCGAAAAGCCCGAGGAGCCCAAGCUGGUCAAGGACGCUGAGUCCAAGAUGGUGGUGGCGAUCCUCACGGGCGUGCGUCGCGCAUUUCCAUUCGCCAAGAUCGAGCCGGCGGUGUUCGAGAAGCACGUCAACACGCUGUUCAAGAUCCUGCACACCGCUUCGUUCAACGUGAGCAUCCAGGCGCUGCAGCUCAUCUUCCAGCUCAGCGUCUCGGACGCGCAUGCGGCAUCGGCGGUGCUGGCAUCGGGCGCGAUUGGCGAUCGCUUCUACCGCGUGCUGUACGACUCGCUGCUCGACGCGCGUCUGGCGGCGUCGAGCAAACAAGCCAUGUACCUCAACCUCGUCUUCCAGGCGCUCCAAGCCGACGCCGACGCCGAGCGCGUCAAGGCGUUCGUCAAGCGUCUCUGCCAGAUUUUGAGUCUGCACCAGCCGUCGUUUAUUUGCGGAUGUCUGCAUCUGCUCGCCGAGUUGUUCCGUCGCACACCUGGUCUGCGCGCUAUGCUUACCGAGCCCGAAGACGAUGACGACGAGCACUUUCACGAUGUCGAUUCCGACGCCGAGGUCGACACCCAGGCCCCCGCCACCGCCGCUGCUGCUGGUGCUGGUGCUGGGGGGGACAAGUACGAUGGACGUAAACGCGAUCCACGCUUCGCGCGAGCGGGCCGCACCUGUCUGUGGGACAUUGUGCCACUCAUCUGGCACUUCCACCCUUCUGUCUCGGUGCACGCUCUGCAGAUUGUCCAAGGCAGUACGGUGUCGACGAAUGCCGAUCUGAGCCUCAACACGCUCUCGCACUUUCUGGACCGCUUUGUCUACCGCAAUCCGAAGCAAAGCUCGGGGGUGCGCGGGGCGAGUGCGAUGCAGCCUCUGCCGCACGCGCGCGUGGGCGCAGGCGUGACGCGCUCGCGCACCCAUGCGCUGCACGAGAACGAGUUCGUCAACACCGAGGCGUUCUGGAAGCAGCGUGCGGACGCGGUGCCUGCCGACCAACUCUUCUUCCACCGCUUCUUCAACCUGCGCUCCAAACAGCCCAGCGCCUCGCGUGCCCACGUCGGCGACGACGACGCACUGGUGGAUUCGGACGACCAAGUGGCCAAGGACGAGGAGGAGAGCGAGUUGGAUAGCGACGACGAUGCCGACGAAAACGAGAUCUGGAAGGUCAUGAAGGCCACCAUGCCCGGCAAGGAGGAGCUCGAGGGUCUGGAUGACAGCGAUGGAGAGGAUGACGAGUUUGACUAUGUCGAUUCCGAAAGCGAAGCCGAAGCCGCCGAACCUGGCGAUGCUGCCGAGGAGGAGGAGGAUGAUUCCGACGAUGAGGAGGGGCCACGAGUUGUUCCCGGAAUGACGUUCUCCGACUCGGACACUGGCGGUUCUCCCGCCGCAGGCGGCGAUUGGGAGGACGACAUGAGCGAUGACGGCGGCAACCUGUUCGACGAGGACGACGACGAUCUUGUGCCCUUCACCGACUUUGACUCGCGCAAGCGUAGUCUCGACGAGCCCGACGAGGCCAAGGGUAAGGGUAAAAAGAGGCGCAAGGCGGUUGCCAACCUGCCGACGUUUGCGAGUGCCGAAGACUAUGCGCACCUGCUUGGCGACGACGAGUAG